GUUGGUUUGUUGUCAAGAUGGAGUUCUUACUGGGAAACCCAUAUAGCACUCCGGUGGGACAGUGUAUUGAGAAAGCCACCGAUGGCUCUCUUCAGAGUGAGGAUUGGUCACUGAACAUGGAAAUAUGUGACAUCAUCAAUGAAACAGAGGAUGGCCCAAAGGAUGCCAUAAGAGCUGUUAAAAAGAGGCUGAAUGGGAAUAAAAACUACAAAGAAGUGAUGCUGACCUUAACGGUCCUUGAGACAUGUGUCAAAAACUGUGGUUAUCGUUUCCAUGCCCUUGUCACAACACGUGACUUCAUUGACGGCGUCCUUGUGAAAAUCAUUUCACCCAAAAACAACCCUCCCACCAUUGUGCAAGACAAAGUGCUCGCUCUCAUUCAGGCUUGGGCAGAUGCGUUCAGGAGUAGUCCCGACCUGACGGGCGUGGUCCACGUGUACGAGGAGCUGAAGAGGAAAGGCAUAGAGUUUCCCAUGUCCGACCUGGAGUCCCUGUCUCCCAUCCACACGCCACAGCGGCUACAAACUGCACCUGAGGGGGACCAAUUACUGCAGAAGUACAGCACCCCGCCACAGCCCAAGCCUCAGCCCCUCGCUGGCACCGCACCCCCCUUCACUGCCCCGCUGCCAGUGCACUCCGCCCCACAGAUCCCCACCAUGCACGUGGCCGGACCCAUCACCCCCAACCCCGAACAGAUUUGUCGGCUGCGCAGUGAGUUGGACAUUGUGCGCGGGAACAUUAAGGUGAUGUCGGAGAUGCUGACUGAGAUGGUGCCAGGACAGGAAGACCCCUCUGAUCAUGAGCUGCUUCAGGAGCUGAACCGUACAUGCAGGGCCAUGCAACAGAGGAUUGUGGAGCUCAUCUCACGCGUGUCCAACGAGGAGGUGACCGAAGAGCUGCUGCACGUCAACGACGACCUCAACAACAUCUUCCUCAGAUACGAAAGAUACGAGAGGUUCAGGUCAGGCCGAACUGCCCAGGGAAUCAACAAUGGAGUUCUCAGUGAGGCCACGGAGGACAAUCUGAUAGACCUGGGCCCUGGCUCCCCUGCUGUGGUCACUCCCAUGGUCAACGCCACGCCACCCUCCAGCCUGCUCGCCUCUGUGGCUCCUGCCCGCUCCGCCUCCCCAGCCUCCCUCGCUUCCAAACUGGCCGUGCUAGAUGUGGGUGGGGACAGUGUGAGUGGCACACUCAGUGCCCUCAGCCAACCGCAGGACGACUUUGACAUGUUUGCCCAGACCAGGACUGGUGCGGCGCCCGAACAGCGCAACAACCCGCCGCCACCGUUUGAAGACCCUCAGGCCGUCGGCGAGCAGGCCCCCACUCUGGAGGUUAAACAGCAGACGCAUGCGGGGGGCCCCGUGGCACAGUCCUCUGUCAUGGAUGACAUAGAGGAGUGGCUCUGUACCGACGUGCGAGGAGACGAAGCUGAGGAGGGUGUGACCAGUGAAGAGUUCGACAAGUUUCUGGAGGAGCGGGCCAAGGCAGCGGAGAUGGUGCCCACUUUACCAUCGCCCCCUAGUGGCGACCUCCCACCGGUGGCAACAGCAGCGGCUGCCAGCUCCACCCCAAGUGCCGGCAAGAAGGCCGAGCGGCCCGCCGCAGACGCCCUGUUUACCAUGUAGACGCCCCCCCAACCGCCACUCCGCACACCCGGUCAACCCCGUGGCAGGUCUCACGCCAACAUAGCACCGCACCUCAACCCUGACCACACCCGCCCCCAACCCAGAGGCGUCCACCCUCUCGCUGACUCCAUGCACUACCCCACUAUCCACAAGAUGGCCGUCCCUGCUGCUGCGUCCACUCACUCUACCGGCCAUUUGGACUACUUUUGGCUACUUUUACGAUGAAGGGAACCCAUAGACAUUUUCAUACCCACGUUUAUUUUAUUUUAUUCAUACACAGUUUCAGAGACAGCUCAAUUGAUUUCUCAUCAAUUGAUACCUAAAAGGAAUGAAAUGCAAAUAGAAGAAGGCUCUACACAAUGUUGAUAGUGUUGCAUACCUUCUUGUUGCACAACUUUUAGUUUCCAUUUGUCCUUGAAGCAAUAUUUGACUUGAACAAAUUCUUCUGCGUAUAUCGAAGAUGACAUUACUCGGCUUAUUUCAAAUCUGCAGUGGGUCGUUUCUGAAAAGGGAAGUAGAUCAGUGUCAUCAUUAAGAGUUAAACCCACUAUACCAUCAUUGGACUAAGUAUUCUUAAGUAGUGCAAAAAAAAAAUCUCUAUUUUCAAUGCUGUUUAUAGAAAAAAAAUCAUAUUUCAGCAUCUGUUAUCCAAACACAGCUAGGUUAGUAAGCUCACCCAACACAGUAAUUUGUCCACUUCUAGAUGGUGGGUACAGUUAUUUGUGUAACAUUAUUUUGUUGGAGUUUGAUUGACCAAAUGGUGUACACCUGUAAUUUCAGCUGCAUUUUGCGUACAUUUACCACUGUUUUAAAAGGGAAUGGCUUUUGCACCAAUAUUCUGUGGAAUAUUGCUUCAAGGUACACUUGACAGAGGCUAUCAUAUAGUCCAUUGUAUGUCUUAUGAAAUGGGAAGUGGUUUCAACCGCCAGCUGACCACGUCAGUCACACCUUGCAUGCCUCCAUGGCUCAAUCAGUCAGUAUAUUCUCAAUCCCCCGUAGUGAACUGGGUGGUGUUAUAUGUGAGGUUUACGUUAGGGGUUGUAGUAAUCCUACGGUUGAGUUUCUCCCUUUCCAUAGCCCAUUUUCGUCAGCAGUUUGUGAUCUCCGUAAACCCCAUUCUAGUUAUAGCUUCAUAAGGAACUGGUUGCUGUGUUGGUCUAUGAUUUGCCGACAUUUCCUUUUAAAACGUUUGUAGAAAAACCUUCUCCUUUUUGAUUCUCACCCUUCCAGCUGUUUUGAAUAGGAUUAAUGGUGGUGGUAUUGUUAUCUGUAGUUGGAACUAGGGGGGAAAAAAGGUGUCAUUCUGUUGUCUGACAAAAUAAGGGAAUGCCAUUGCAGGAGCUAAGGGAGAUGCCGCCAUUUUUUUUCUUCCCCUCUUUUUAUACAAAGGCAGAGUGAAUCUCUUUAGAUGCUGUGGAAAUUCUCCAUGUGAUUGUUUUACCUCACGGAAACAGGUAAUAGGAAGGAACAAGAGGAGAGGAAGAGGGAUGUGUAUGUGCGUGCUUUGCCCUAGGUAACCCCUCCCACAUGUCCCAAUAUGUACAUACAGGAUAUUUAAGGUAGCAGGCUGUUUAACGGCACGCAAGUCAUCUAUGAGUUAAUCCAUGCACAAUCAUUUUUGACAUAGGGAAAACAUGAUCAGUAUCCUUUAAUAGGAACCUUACCAGGGAUGUCGACUGGUACAAAUGAGGUGUACUGAGACGAUUAUAUUUAUUAAAAUGCCACAAGAGUGCUGGAACAAUGGAAUAUAAUGUUUUGCUAGCAUGAGCAGGUUGUGUUAUUUAGUGCUGAGAAGCCACUAAAAUCCUGAAAGUUGGAAUGGUGUACAGGUUGUAAUUGGUUAUGAACUCCCACAUCUGUACACUGUAAAAUACGUCAAAUACUUUGGAAGGUCUUUGUGGCCAGGAUCUGCCGUUCCCACAGGUACCUUGGGCUAGUCACCCUUCUACCUGUCCGUGUGCAAUGAGAUGAGCGUAACAGGACAAAUGGACCAAACCAUGGAACUAUGGAACAUAGUUGGCUGUUUGAAUGUUCAAAAGACCAAUUGGUGUGGUAUUAUUUCCAGAUACUCUACACUUUAAAUCCAGUUGAGUUGCUGCUUAUCUCUUCUGAUCUGUCUGAUUGGCUCCAUUUGAUUGACGAAGAAUCCCUUAGGGAAGCUAUUUCCAUCUAGGCCACAUGCUUGGCUGUUUUGGUUUGUUGAAAUGGUUCACGUAACACCGUCGAUGUCCAACAUAUGUCCCUUUUGUUGUGGCUGCUUUCUACUCGUCAGACUCCGAAUGCAAUUCAGGCAGAUUCAUUGGUAUAUUAACUGUUGAACUGUGAUCUCUAAAAAAAACCCUACUCAUUGAGAUUUAUUGUUUCGACUCAUUCAUUCAUAAUUAGUUCUUGGUAUAUUCUGACACUAAAUUGGUUUCUUUAGAUGCACAAUCAGGGUUUGCUACGACCCUUGCUGGAAGUUGCAUAUUACUCAGUGUUUGACCAUAUUUUUGCACUUUUUACUGUUAGUUGGAUUACUUUAAAGGCAGGAAACUCUAAACAACUCACACUUUAUGUUGUUCCCAUUAGAAGGAAACAAUUGGUUGGGAUACUGUAAAAUCUUUAAUUUGAGAAUGUAGAAAUAAUUUAUUUGCAUUUUACUUAUUGUUAUUAUGGAGUGUCUUAUGGUAUGUAUGUGGGAUGUGUUUGUCAACUGUAAAGAAUAUUUUAAGUGUGUGUGUGUGUGUGUGUGUGUGUGUGUGUAUGCAAGCAAUGUUAUCAGCAUCAUUUUUCUUUUUCUGGACCCCAUCACUACAAAUUUCAAUAUGAAAAUGUCUGAGCUUUUGUAAACUGUAUAUGUGGGCAGUUGGUUUGUCAUGUUUCUUUUUUCCCCCCCACCUUUGCCACCAUUUUGGUUAAAUAAUGCAAUUCGUCCAGGUUGUCCGUGCUGGCUUUUUGCCUGACAUGAUCAUCAAAAGCAAAUCCCAUGGCAUUUAGGUCCACCCGCGGCCAUGUAACGUAUUUGUUUGGCCGGUCAGAACUCGGAAAUUGCGUUUGUCAUUCCCCCUCGUCCUCGCCUGCUAGUCCUGUCCAGCUGUACCUGCCAAGAGCCCCCUUUUUUUGUACUCACCAGGCAACAGCCUUCUGGCUGAAGCAGAGAGAGCCUGCGCAUACACUCGGCCACGAGUGCUCCAGUAAUGAACGGACAUUGCUGCUGCUGCUGUUGUGGGUGGGGGGGUUAACUUGGUCACACUAGGAAUCUCAAGUACCUCAUUGGAUUGUGGGUAAUUUUUGUACUUAAUGCUGUAUGGGGGGCUCCAGUGCAGGCCGUGGCCAUUAAGACGUGAGUGAGGUUAACGAGGACUCGGGCUGCUGAAUGUCAUCGCGUUAGACAUCAUGAAGGGAUCCCUUUUGACUGUGACUGUGUUGCAUGUGCCGGCCUCAACUGAGCUCCACCACAUGUCAGACUGUGGCGAGAGCUGUGUUUGGUAACACAGCCGUCACUGAAGCCGUGUGUGUGUGUGUGUGUGUGUGUGUGUGUGUGUGUGUGUGCGAGCGCAAUGUGUGCUUGUGUGUGUGUGUGUGUGUGUGUGUGUAUUUGUGUGUGUGCGUGCUCCCUUGCUGUUGCCUCAAGUUUCUUUCUCUCUCUCUGCCAUUUGACUCAUGCAUGUGUUGAACUCCAAUAAAACAUUAGCAGAUGCUGA